GAAGAAGAAGAAGAAGAAGAAGAAGAAGAGUGAAUAAUCUGCCAUAAUAGAAGGGAGAACAACACACGAAAAUGGUAGCCGAGGAAACCCCAGUCGCGCUCCCCUCCGCACUCCUGCGGACCGUCGCCCCCAACAUCCUGCUGCAGCCGCCCCUGUCGCGCCGCGGCACGGGGCCCGGGCUUGUGCUCGUCGUCGACGCCGGCCUGCCGCUGGGCCGCAGCGACAAGACCCUCGACCCGCCGCCCCUGCUGAAGUGGGCCGAGGAAGGGUACGCCGUGGCGCAGGUCACGCUGCGUGAAGGCGGCGGCGGCGCGGACGGGUUCCACGCCGACCUGCGCGCGGCGUUUGGCGCGCUGGCGGCGCUGGACGAGUGCGAGAAGGGCGAGGAUGGGCGGGCCCGCUGCGGCGUCGUCGCGUACGUGCCGCUGCCGGCGCCGCCCCCCGUGACGGAGGCGGCGGCGGCUGUCGUCGUCGUCGCCGUCGUCAACUACUCGGCGGCCCCCAUCGACGCGGGACCGUCGACGCCCGUCCUCUGGCACGCCGCUGGGGCUGUGGCCAAGCCGGACGCCGCCGCUGGGGACCGCCCCACGACCUUGCACGCCUACCGCGAGGCGCUGCCGAACUUUGUGCUCCCCGCGCACGCAAACUACCGUGGCUCCUCGGCGGCGGUUGCACACACGCGCACCCUGACCUUCCUCCGGCCCCUGGUCGGGGGCCCCUUCUUCGAUCUCGAGGCAAUUUGGGACGAGCACUGCUACUUUGAGUUUGGAGAUCGCGCCGUGGCCAAGACCAUGGGUACCAUGGUAGCUGAGCCAUAUGUCAACCACAUCCCCACGAUAACCGGAGGCAUCGGCCGCGACCGCCUCACAACCUUCUACCGCCACCACUUCAUCCACAGCAACCCAGACGACACCGCCUUGGAGCUUGUUAGCCGGACGGUGGGCGUGGAUCGCGUCAUCGACGAGUUUAUUUUCAAGCUCACACACGACCGGGUCGUUGACUGGCUCUUGCCAGGCGUUCCACCCACGGGGAAGUCGCUCGAGAUGCCCUUCACAUCGGUCGUCAACAUCAGGGGUGAUCGCCUUUACCACGAGCACAUUGCCUGGGACCAGGCCACUGUGCUCAGACAACUUGGGCUGCUUCCAGAGUACUUGCCAUUCCCGUACCGGAUUGAUGGAAAGGACCCGGCGCCGGGCAAGAAAUUCGAAUAUCGUGUGCCUGCCGCCGGAGUCGAGACUGCGAGGAAGCUUGCCGACGAGAACUCGGUCGAGUCGAACCAGAUGUUCAACUACAGAUUCCGCGAAGUCGACGCCUAAGGCAGUGCUCCAUGUCAGGCAAGUCACCAUGCUGUGUAUGUAGUUGGGGUGAAGCUCAUGGGCUCAAGCAGUGGAACCUGAGACCACGUCCGCUGGAACUGGUGGCCAUCCCUGUGAUGAAAUUGGUGUAACUAGUCAUCCCCCUGAACCUAUGGAGACCUGAGCUGAGUCGGAUUCCUCCACCAUCCUUUUCUCCUUGUCAACGAGAUUCUGAAUAUCCUUCCCUGUUAUUGCCGUGCCUGGG